AUAAAAAGUAAAAUAUAUAAAUUAAUAACUUUGUAUAAAAUAAUAAAAAUAAAUUAAUAUAAAAUUAAAAUUAAAAUAAUGAAGAUUAUAAAUUAAACCUACUAUAUUAAUUUUCAUUUAAAGUAAAUUUAGCUUAUUAAUACAUGAGUAAUAAUAAAUCAAAUUAUUAUAAUUAACGGUCAACACAUCAAAGAAAAAAGAAAAAGAAAACACAUGGAAAAGUUAUUAUUUGUGUCGAACAGGUUUGAUAACCUAAGCUUAAGCCUAGCGAGCCAGGUGAGGAGUAACUUUACGGGCCGACACAGCGAGCCACCUAAGCCUGUGAUCAGCUCCAAAUUACUACAUAACCAACCAUGUUGCCCAAGACCUCGGCCAGCCGAACCCGAUGACACAUACGCCCCGCAAUUUUCUGUUAUUGGAGUUAAUUUCCCGCCAUGGUCUUUCAAGACGAAGCAAAUUCUCCACUUUUACAAACCCAACAACCGGGCUCAGCCAGCAAUCUUGCAUUUCCUAUCUCAAAAGUUGCAAAUCCAUGACCCACCUCAAACAAAUCCAUGCCCAAAUCUUCCGAGUCGGUCUCCACCAAGACAUUGUUUCCCUCAACAAGCUAAUGGCUUUUUGCACCGAUCCAUUUAAUGGAAACCUGAACUAUGCAGAGAAAAUGUUCAAAUACAUACGUUACCCAUGUUUGCUUAUAUAUAAUCUCAUUAUCAAAGCUUUUGCUAAGAAAGGAAACUACAAAAGAACUCUUGUGCUCUUCUCUAAAUUAAGAGAAGAUGGGUUGUGGCCUGAUAAUUUCACAUACCCAUUUGUCUUUAAGGCAAUUGGAUACUUGGGAGAGGUUUCAAAGGCUGAGAAAUUACGUGGGCUUGUUACAAAAACUGGUCUUGAGUUUGAUACUUAUGUGCGUAACUCACUCAUUGAUAUGUAUGCUCAGUUGGCUUUAACUGAUGUUAUGAAGAUGUUGUUUGAUGAAAUGCCUGAUAGAGAUGUGAUUUCUUGGAAUGUGAUGAUUUCUGGAUAUGUGAAAUGUAGGAGAUUUGAGGAUGCUAUAAAUGUCUUUUGCCGUAUGCAAGAAGAGAGUGGUUUAAUGCCUGACGAAGCUACGGUUGUGAGUACUCUUUCAGCUUGUACAGCAUUGAAACGAUUGGAACUUGGUAAGAAAAUCCAUCAUUAUGUUAGAGACAAUGUUAAAUUUACUCCUAUUAUUGGAAAUGCAUUGCUGGACAUGUAUUGCAAGUGUGGCUGUUUGAGUAUAGCCCGAGCAGUUUUCGAGGAGAUGCCUUCAAAAAAUGUAAUUUGUUGGACUACUAUGGUAAGUGGUUACGCUAACUGUGGCGAGCUAGAAGAAGCUAGAGAGUUGUUUGAGGGGAGUCCAAUUCGAGAUGUCGUUAUUUGGACAGCUAUGAUUAAUGGGUAUGUGCAGUUUAACCGUUUUGACGAGGCAGUGGCACUCUUUAGAGAAAUGCAAAUUAGAAAAGUCAAACCAGACAAAUUCAUAGUGGUUUCUCUGCUCACUGGCUGUGCACAAACGGGAGCUAUAGAGCAAGGAAAGUGGAUUCAUGAAUUCAUAGAUGAGAACAGAAUUCCUAUAGAUGCGGUUGUUGGCACUGCUCUAAUAGAAAUGUAUGCAAAAUGUGGGUUCAUAGAAAAAGCUUUGGAAAUCUUCUAUGGAUUAAGAGUGAAAGACACAGCCUCAUGGACUUCAAUCAUAUGCGGGCUUGCUAUGAAUGGGAAAACAAGCAAGGCACUUGAGUUGUUUUCAAAGAUGAAACAAGCCGGUGUUAGACCAGAUGAUAUUACCUUUAUUGGUGUUUUGAGCGCCUGCAGUCAUGGAGGAUUGGUUGAGGAAGGUCGCAAGUUCUUUAAUUCUAUGAGAAUGGAGUAUCAGAUUAAGCCAAAAGUAGAACAUUACGGGUGUCUAGUUGACUUACUUGGUCGAGCUGGACUGCUGAAUGAAGCAGAGGAGUUAAUAAAGAAGAUACCAGAUGAAAAUAAGGCCAUUACAGUUCCACUCUAUGGCUCUUUGCUCAGUGCUUGCCGGAUCUAUGGGAAUGUUGAGAUGGGUGAGCGGGUGGCUAAACAGCUGGUGAAAUUUGAAUCAAGUGAUUCCAGCGUCCACACUCUUCUUGCCAAUAUCUAUGCCUUUGCAGACAGAUGGGAAGAUGUAACGAAAGUGAGAAGGAAGAUGAAAGAUCUUGGAGUCAAAAAGACACCUGGUUGUAGUUCAAUUGAGGUUGACAGUAUCAUCCAUGAAUUUUUCUCCGGCCAUCCAUCUCACCCAGAAAUGAGAGAAAUAUAUUACAUGUUGAAUAUAAUGGCCAAACCAUUGUUAGGCUCAGCAAAGAAUGAAAUGGAAGGAGAAGAUUUGGUUGGAAUGACUUUUGAUGAGCAAGGGUGCUCCUCAGGAUUUCGUUAUACAGAAGAAAUUUUGUAAGUUGCUCAGUAUCACUGUGAACAAUGUCUGUCCAAGAAAUAUGCAAGAUGCUGAGUUUCUUCACACCCAUAACUUUGAGAAAAGACUCUAAAGAUAUAUAUAUUUACCAAAACUCUUGACAAGGGGCUACCACAAUGUGCUUCCUUGGGUUGUCUUUUGGUCGGAGCGCUGAAUUGAGAAUGUUUGCUACAGUAGUGGAAAUUGAGCAGUAGCCAAAGUCCUGAUGUCCGCUGUGAUUGGUAAUAAUAGAUAAACAACUGCAAAAGCCUUCGAUUUCAAUUUCAGUUCCAGAACCUUUUCUGGUUUGUGGAAGAGAAAUGACUUAUUUAAAUGAUCCAAGCCUGAAAUUAUAUAAAUUCCACAUAAUUUAUCAUUUUCUUCGAAGAAAUGUUUCUAUCAGUUCACUUAUUGCCCUCCAUUCAUAAUGAUCUCUCGCUCCGUAACGUUUUUUCUCUUUUCAGUCCCAAUAUUGUUGCACUUUUCCUCAUAUAUCAGUUUUUUUUUUUUUUUUUUUGUUUUUCUUCAAAUCUUCCUUGUUUGGCUUUCUUUCCCACCUCAAACUCACUCAGACAGAUUACUAUUUGCAACUUUGAAAUUAUUGAAGAUUACACCAAGAAAGAAAGUAGACGAAAAUGUGAUUGAAGGAAUGAUUUCUCGUAGUAAUUAACAAUCUCAGGUCUACCCCUUUUGUGCAUGCUAGUCCUCGGAACGCUUCUGUUUCUGCUCUUACACUGGUUGCCAUGGAGAUCAUUGCUUUCUCAUCUGCUCCUAAUUUUAGCUUCUUCAACUUCAAUAGGUUCAAAUGAGCAUUCAAGUCUGCUAUCCUUCAGGUAAGGAAUUAGAUAAAUCUCAGUAAGAAAGCAAGCGAAGAGUGAAGAAGGAAGAAGGAAGGUGAUGCAGAACCAGUAUGGCUGAUUGUGUUGUGUUAAGUGGCUUUGAUUACAACACCAGAAUAUUGUAUUUGUAUAAUUUCAAUAUAUGCAAGCAAUGAGAGAACUGAUAAUAGAGUUCUAUUUACAAGAAUUCAUCUCUGUUUCAAGCUUCUAAGAGGAUGGAUGCAUUUUAACAGUACCUGCAGAACUUCUGCUGGACAGCGUCAGUAAGGAUUACAAGAGGUGACAAACUUCUGCAUCAGUUUCCACUUCAUUUAUUUUUUCUAUUUUGUAAAAUUCAACUUAGACCAGGCAUUUUUAUAGUAUGUACUUUUGUUGAUUGCCAUGGUUCGACAAAGGUGAUGCUUGUAUGAGAUCAUCAAAGUGGAUAUGGUUUCGCUUUUAUUAUUAGUAAAGCCUGCUGCUUUUGUUGGUUUUAAAUUCGAAACUGAGAAACACAUACGCAUUAUACCCAUGUCAUCACACAGACAUUAUUUAAACAAGUAAUCAUAUCUCUGUUCAAUAGAAAAAGCAAUUCUUGAAUCAGAUUUGCUGGGUACCAUAUCA